AUGGAGGACGAGCACAAACAGGCUUUCGCGAACGUUAUGAGCAAUCUACUACUCAACCACGAAUGGACCGAUAUGACCAUCAUCUGCGAGGGGGGAGCAAGGAUCGAAUGCCACCGAGCGAUUGUGUAUCCUCAAUCAUCCGUUUUCAGAGACCUAUCCAAACGCAGGACAGACAGCAUUUUUGACGAAAAUGAAUUCGAACUCCCAACCAUCAAACGGAUGUACCUCUACAACCAGGACUACGAGCCGUACGAUGAAAAGCAUUCACUCGAGGGUCCGGUUCUCCCCUCCCACUCUGCCACCGCUAGUCUCAUCGCGCACGCCGAUGUUCAUGCCGCAGCUGUGUACUUCGAUAUCCCCUUACUGCAAGUCAAGGCUGUCGAGAAGUUCGAACAGGUCCUAUGGAACAAUGAUCUUGAGAAGGAGAGUCUGCCGCUUUUGCUUGAGACAAUCUGGUCGCAAUCCGAAUCUCAGAACACAAAGCUGAGGGAAGCCAUCAUAUUCGUGGUUCGACACUAUCACGACUACCUCUUCAAGGAAGGAAACAUAAGGAAGUUCAAGGACAAGGAAGUUCUUCUCGAUUGUUGUUUUGCAGUCAUCGAACGUUUAAUCCUCAACUUGAAUACGGCGCACAAGGAAAACCGCGAGGCACUUGAGGCACUUAGAGCAAAGAUGAUGAAGAGCGAGAAGUGA